GAUUUCUUCAUCUCAUUCCCAACACAAAGCCCUUCGCCUCUUCGAUUCGAUCUCUCACGUCUCUUGAAUUCCUUGCUUCGCAAAUAUGGCUCCCAAAAAAGCUGAGAAGAAGCCCGCGGAGAAGAAGCCAGCCGCCGAGAAAUCCCCUGCCGCCGCUGAGAAGAAGCCGAGAGCAGAGAAGAAGCUGCCGAAGGAUGCAUCGUCCGCCGGUGACAAGAAGAAGAAGCGGACCAAGAAGAGCGUAGAGACUUACAAGAUCUACAUAUUCAAAGUCCUGAAGCAGGUUCAUCCUGACAUCGGGAUCUCGAGCAAGGCCAUGGGUAUCAUGAACAGCUUCAUCAACGAUAUUUUCGAGAAAUUGGCCCAGGAGUCAUCUCGUCUGGCGAGAUACAACAAGAAGCCGACGAUUACUUCGAGGGAGAUCCAGACGGCGGUGAGGUUGGUCUUGCCUGGUGAGCUCGCCAAGCACGCUGUGUCCGAGGGUACCAAGGCUGUUACUAAGUUUACAAGUACUUAAUGCUCUUCUUUCCCCCUUUCUCUGUUAAUUGUCGUCAGAUCAUCGUAAUUGUUCUGGUUUAUGUUUGUAAUGUCUAAUACUUGGUAACUCAUCGUCCUUGUUCUGGGUUUUUAAAUUUGAUGCGGCACUGCUUUGUUUCCUCUGUGUUUUCCACAUGCCGUAUUUAGA